GCCUAAGUGUUUAUUCAACAUCAUUCUCCAGUACUCUAUUUCUAACCCUACCUCAUACUCUACAAAUAUGCUGAAGUCGACGUAUAAACCUUCCCCGAACCUCCCUCCGCCUCUCCCUCCUGAUUGGACAGAGCAUAAAGCACCCACGGGUCAUACUUAUUAUUACAACGCGAAGACGAAAGAAUCAACAUAUACACGACCGGCUGCGCCAUCAACUUUAACAGCAGAAGUCGUUUCUCAACUAGCUCCACCUCCUUCCCGUGAUCCUCACGCGAGUUUUUUCCAGUACUCGACCGUACCCCAACUCUCAGAUCCUGCAACUGCGAACGCCUUCCUCGCCCAGUAUGACCCAUCACGACAACGCCAGGCGCAACAGCAGCAACAUGGGGGUCGUGACGGACAUCGUGGGACCCAAGAUGGAAGAGGGGAUCGCCCGCGCCCGCAACCGACCGACAAGCCAAAGUCUAAGCUCGCCAUUCCAGGUUGUGAGCCGUGGCUGCUGGUAUACACCAAGUACGGUCGCCGGUUCGCGUAUAAUCCCGUCAAGAACGCCAGCUACUGGAGGAUACCUGAAAAGAUAAUGAAAGGCGUACUGGAGUUGGAUAUUAAGGGUGCUCAGGAAAAGGCCGCCGGUGCUCAAGGCCAAAGAAAAUUUAUCGAGGGAUCUACAUCUAUGGAACCUCAAAGAGAAGCUUCCGUUGAUGCUGCAGCAAAGGAAGCAGAAGAACAUGUUGAUCUAGAUUCCGAUUACGAAGAAGUGGAAGUUACGGAUGACGAAGGUGAAGGAGACGAUGAAGGAGAUGAUGCGGAUGAGCACCAUUCAAAACGCCAGCGUACAGAAGAACCCGCAGGGAACAUGCCAGUUGAGUUCAACGAGGACGACUUUGCCUACCAAUUACAGGCUAUGGGUGAUGAUUAUGGUCUCGACCCCGGGGAAUAUGACGAUGGGGACCCGGACGCGUGGCCCGAAGGUGCUGAGGGCCUACCUCUUUCCGAUACAGACGCACAAGAGCUAUUUAAGGAUCUACUGAACGACUAUGGUAUCAAUCCCUAUUCGCCUUGGGAGAAACUCGUCGAGGAGGGUCGUAUCAUCGACGACUCGCGAUACACUGUGCUCAACACCACGAAAGCCCGCAAGGAGGUAUGGGAGGAGUGGAGCCGUGAACGAAUACAAAUCUUGAAAGAACAACGUGCCAAGGAAGAAAAGAAAGAUCCUAAAAUUCCCUACCUCGCAUUUUUACAGCAGAAGGCAACACCCAAGCUGUAUUGGCCCGAAUUCCGCCGCAAGUAUAAAAAGGAAGCGCCCAUGCGCGAUUCUUCCCUCAGCGACCGCGAUCGCGAGAAGUGGUAUCGCGAGCAUAUAAAUCGACUAAAACUCCCCUCAGAAACCCUUAAGAAAGACCUAAUUACACUACUACGUAGCGUAUCCCUUCGCGCCCUCAACAAGACGACUCAUCUAGCAAACCUCCCUCCCCAAAUACUCGCAGACGUGCGAUACAUUAGUCUAGACUCGCUAAUCCGAGACCCCCUAAUCGAAACAUACAUCCAAACGCUAGAACCGCCACCCACAGAAGAUAGAAUUGAAGAGGACGAGACAGCGCAAAAGGCUACGGAGGAGCGGAGGAAGCGGGAGAAGGCUCUCGACGAGCGCGAACGCGUUGUGGCCGAGGAAAAGCGCCGGCAAAAACGACAGCUUGAGUACGGGAAGGCCGCCCUAAGAGAGGAAGAGCGGGAAUUAGAGAAGGCUAUGAAUGUAGGGAAGAAGGGUUUGCAAAGUCAAUUAUUAGCUGCGCAAAAGGCCGGCGAGACCGGUGAGUAACUUUACUCUUUCGGUACAUGAUUACAUUUACAACAGGUUCCAAAUAUAUGAGAUCCAGCCAUAGCCAAAUACCUGCG